AUAAAAUAAAAAGUUAGUUAACAAACUAGAGUUGGGUUCAACGCAAAAUAUACGCUGUGAUACUCUGAUAACGCAUUAAAAUACUAUAUACAUAGUUCGCAUUACUAUAAUGAGUGCCAGUGCCAUGUAGAGGCGUCUUGAUAUAAUGAGGAAAGCGACAACGACAAGUUUUCAGUCACCGCUUGGCCAUCAGAGUGAACGAACAUACGAGGCCGAAAGGUGUCUAAAAUUAAAAAAAAAAUCUCUAAAACAACAAUUGUGCGCGCAAAUAUUUUAUAAACAAAGUAAUCGCUAAUACAUAUUACAUAUACAUACAAACGUACAUAUGUACAUAACAUUGAGUUGAAGAAUAAGCAAGUGAAAAAAGCAAAAGUUACACAAAAACGUUUCCCCUCGCAUAUUUGGGAUUUCUCGCAGAAAGUAUAUAAAUCUACGUCAAUGUGCAAAAAACACCGAAAAUAUUACGUACAAAAUUGAAAGCAAGAAAUACACGUGUAACUAAGAACCUUCUUACAGCUGAAGAAAACUAUACAAAUAUGAAAUAUACAGCAACAACACAAACUCAACUAAGAGUGUAAACUAAAAAUUUGUGUAAGAUUCCUUAAAAAAAUUGCAAACUGUCGAAAAUAUACGCAGUUUCAACAUUUCAACGAAUUAAUUAAAAUCAGCAUGCAGCAGUGAAAAUACAAAAUUUUUCAUAUGGAAGUGCCUUUGGCAAAACGUCUAAAAUCGCCUAAUUCAUAGAUGAUGUAAGCAGCCGCAAGAGAUCUACACAUUUCGGAUAAGCUAAAUUAAAAAAAAAAGAAAAAAAUUAUAAAAAGCUCAAAAAGUGAGAAUCGUCCCAAAACCCCAAAAAAAUGUUAAAUAUUUAAGAAAUCUCAACUGUAACUCCAAGCAAAUGAUGAGCUAAAAAAACUAACUGCAUUCUCGCACAGCUCAUCAUCGAAAGCCGCCAGCAAGCAAGCAGACACACAAAGAAACCCAAAUAAAGUUCAGUCAAAACCAUCGAUGUCUAGCGAGCAACCACAAGGAUUAGCACAACAACAAAAUCAAAGUGUUGAAAAGAUACGCGGCUUAAACGAAGCUUGGAGCGAAAACAACAAAGAACACACACCUUAUUGUCAAAAUCUCACAAAAAAGAGCAUUAUUCAUACCCCGGAACAACGAAGUGUUCAGCUAGUAUUAAUUGAAUAAAAAAGCGAGAACAGUUGAUACCAGCACUUAUCUAACGGUGCACAAGUGAUACUUCCGGCAGUAUCAACAGUUAACAUUUGCGGUUAACGCUAACGUCUCUAGUCGUCACUAUCAAAUUAUACUCACGCUUUACACACCAAAGAUGGCAUACAAUCAUAGAGAUCUAUACAACAACAACAAUCCCAACAACAAUGACAAUCUAAAUGACAAUCCAGCUGCACGCGGUGCACCAGAAUACUUUGAAAACCUCUUCUUGAAUGGCAACUUCGCAGCCAACGUUGAUGAGGAGAUGCUGGAUGCAGCGGCGGCGGUGGCACUAGCAGAGCGCAACAACGUAGCGGAGCAUGCCAAUUAUGAGCCGUCAUGUUGGGUCUUUGGCUAUGGUUCGCUCUGCUGGUAUCCCGGCUUCGAGUAUUCCAAAUGCAUAACGGGAUAUAUAAAAGGUUUCGUGAGACGCUUCUGGCAGGGCAACACCACGCAUCGAGGCACUGAUGAGAAGCCUGGCCGCGUGGCGACACUCAUUGAAGACAAAGAGGUGAGUGACGAGAACAAUGGCAUCACUUGGGGUUGCGCCUAUAAAAUUACCGGCAGCACUGCAUUGGAAUACCUUAAACAACGCGAAUGUAAACUUGGUGGUUACAUUGUACUCGAAACGAAGUUCUUCCCUCGUGUUGCCUCCUUUGAUACGCCGUUUAGUGGUGAAGCAGUUCCUGUGUUGGUGUAUGUGGCGACGCCUGAUAAUUGUCAUUGGCUGGGCGAAGAUACAUCUGACAAUAUUGCCGAACAGAUUGUCGAGUGUCGCGGUCCGAGCGGACACAAUGUCGAGUAUUUGUUACGACUGGCCGAUUUUAUGCGCGAGGAAAUCCCCGACGUUGUGGAUCCACAUUUGUUCGAGCUGGAGUUUCUGGUGCGAGAAAAACUGCACAAACGCCAAAUACCUCUGUGGUCUGUGAUGGGCGUGUCGCCGGAUCGCAUACGUCGCGACUCACACGAAGAGAUUAGACGACCACCAACGUUCGAAUUCACUUCGCGCAUUCCGGAGCGCAAGUUGCGUUGCUUGAAUAUUUGAUUUGAGCUCAAUGGGACUGAUGUGCGUCUAAAGCGUCUAAUGGGACACAACAAGGCUGGCUGUAAUAAAUUGUUGCUUUUUUGAUACAUACAUACAUACAUAUGUACUUUCAUGUGUAUAAAAUAUACAUACAUGUACAUAUAUAAUAAAUUGAAGCUGAGUGCGACGAUCAAGUACUGAGGAUUCAAGUGUUAAAUUAUAUUAUAAUGAGUGCUAAAUAGUGCAUAUUUAUUACUAAUAUCAAUUGGCUUUCGAUGUAUUUAUAAUGUAUUUGUUAAUAUUUUUUUACUUUAGAACGUUAAAAUUUAUCAUUUUAGCAAUUGUAAGAGAUAAAAGAAAAAAUCGAAACAAUAUAAUGUUAGAUAUGGCUUCCACGCACACUAUAAGAUAGUUGAUAUAAAUUUUAUAAUACCUUCGCGGUUAGGAAAAAAUAAACAUAUAAUUAUAGCACAACAAAUUUGUACCAAAUAAAACAACCGAAAAAAUCA